AUGUGCUUCGAUGUCAAGAACACCCCAGGCAGUCUCUACAAGACCCCAUCAUAUGCACUUCCCCACUACCCUCCCCCCACCUCCGGCAGCCCCGCCGCAAAGCUUAGCCUCGAGGGCAGCCGCUCCCCCCACCCCGACACAUUCGACGGCCCGCUGCCCCCCGCACCGAGUAACUUCCCACGCACAAGCCUCCCUCUGCGGCCGCGCCCCACCGUGCCCCCGCGGCCCAUAGGGCGGGCUGCUAAGCCCCCGGCAUCUAGCCAGCCCACAGAAGCAGCAGCAGCGAGGGUGCCGUACAGCUCACUGGCGACGGCAAAGCUAAAGGCGAGCAAGAGCGUGCCGGCAGAGAAGCUGCUGGAGGCGCGCAACUCGUGGAAGCGGAAGCGGAAGGCGAGGCUGCAGGGCGCAGUCAAGGCUGAGUCUGACAUUCUGCGGAGGAACCCCGAGUAUGGCGGCGGCGGUGGUGGUGGUGGUGGUGGUGGUGGUAGUGGGGAUGCAGGGGUUUGGGAUUUGGGGAAAGGUGGUGGUGGUGGGAGCUCGUUGAUCUCGGCCAAGUCGAAGAAUCGGUUGAAGAAGAUAUUUGGGAUCGAGCCCGAGUCGGAGGACGAGGGGGUGCCCGUGGAGGAGUUUCUGCAGAAGAAGCCUGUGGCGGUUCGGGGGCCUGAAGGAGGAGGAGGGGGAGGAGGAUGGGGAGUUUCUUCAGGCUCGAGAAGCGGCGCGGAUCGUUCGGCGAAUCUGUAUGAUAAGAUGGGGUUGACGGUGCACAGGGAGAGGUAUAUGGCUUCUCGUGCCUCGCGGGAGGAGGACAAGGAGGACUUCGACGAGCAGUCGCUCUUGCAUGGGCUGGGAAGUGAGAGACGCAAGCUGAGCGCCCAUGCAAAGAAACUGACCUUGUCGGAGCUUCAAAGCCGCUAUGAUGCCUAUCGCGAACGCAAGAGUUUUGAGAAGGAGGCAGAGAUCAUUAGGGUCCACACAGCACCCGAAGAACUCUACAAGCUGAAUCCUCACCAUAAGGAGCAUCAUAAUCAUAAGUUUACAGAUGCUGCGAGACGCGGAAUGAAAUCUGCAAAGGAGGAGGUGAAUGUGUACAAAUACACUCGGCGCAAAGAAAGAGACGACUCUGAAGAAAAAGCUGGGGCCCGCAUUGUCAACGCCAUGAGAACAGCAAAGUCCCGGUUUGAGAAUAGGGAUGCGGAGCGAGAGGCAAAGCGACAGGCAGCUUCGAGGCCGAAACCGCGUGCCAUUCAGCCCGGUGCGUGGUCUCGAUCGUAUUCCGCCCCCCAUGUCCCGGUGUUUUCCUCCCCGUCCUAUACGCAGCCGGACCAGCCAUAUCUUGAGGCAGAUAAUAUCCAAUCUCCAAAGGCUUUGGGCCCGCAGCUGCCUGCUGAGCCUGUGGAGAGGAGUCGGGCAUAUUCGCAGGUUUUCCCGGCAAGGCCGUCUCCUACGUAUCGUCCGACCCUUUCUCCUGUGUACUCAAAGUCACCAAGAUAUACAAGCCCACUUGUUUCGGGCUCUUCGGAUGAGAGGAAGAAGGCAGAGGUGGCGGUAUCUGUGUCCACUUCUACGGAUAUGCAAAAUGAUAUGGUAACGGCGCAUUCUUUCCUUGAUCCGCCCAAGUCUGCGUCAAGCACCGCUCCGCCGAUUCCGGAGAGGUCGGAAGCUAGGCUUAAGAGCAAACCAAUAGACCUAUCACCAUUAACUAGUUCGACCGUGAAACAGGAGGGGGUUCUUCAAUCCGCAAGUGAGAUUUCCAGUCUCAGGCAAAAGCGCUCAUAUAGCGGGCACCAACGAUCAUUGACCGCCGACGACGAAAUACCGCCACUGGAGCUCCCUCCACCAGAUGCCAACCUCGCCACAGCUACAAGAGAAGUACCCCCUCCCGGCUCACGCCAUUUCAAAGCAAUUCCUCCACCCCAAAACACCCCCUCCAGCUCGCACAUAUCUCCCGACCCUCGCGGCCCCCACCCCCACCGCCACCACGCCACGCACCCCACCAUCGAAAUCGCCAAAACACCCACCUCCUCCGCCCUCGAGUUCUGGGCCGCCGCCGACGCCUCCCUCCACCCCUCCGAGUCGGCCUCCGCGCAGCCCGCAAGCCGCCGCAAGGGCGAGCCACCGCCAGAUAUAUGGCGCGACGCAGACCGCUCCCUGAACCUGCGCAAGGGCGGGCCGACGAUGGAGGAGUGGAUCGCGAGCCUCCCGGGCCUCGGGUUACAUCUGGGCCCGUGGGGCGAUGAUGCGGGGCUGGAUGCGAGGGUGCUGGAGGAUCUGAGGACGAGGAGUCCGCAGUCGUCGACGAUGCGUGGGAAUGAGGUGUUGAGGGCGGAGCUGGUCGAGAGGAUUAGGGAGAUGGAUGAGGCGGCGCCGGAGACGGAGGAGAAGGAGGAGGUGGGUGAGGAGGAGGAGGAGAUGGCGCCGGAGAUGAUGGAGGAGCUUGUUCCGGAGGAUGAGAGGGGCUCUGAUGACAAUGACGAUAAUCAGGAGGAGGAUGAGGAGGCGGAGGUGAAUGUUCCGCUGGCGGUGGUGGACCCGGCGCUGCUGCACCCGAAAUAUGUUCCUAGCCUGUCGCGGGGUGGUGGUGGGAGAGGGGGUGCGCUACCAAUGGCGAAGGCGCGGAUGCCGAGGACGGCGUUCAAGGAGAUGGAUUUGGCGGGAGAUGUGACGGAGAGGUUGGAGGCGCUGGAGCGGUAUUGGGAUGAGCAGGGGAUGAUUGUGGGGUCGGUGCUGAAGCGGAUGUUGUGGAUUGUGGAUAGCAUUAUUGUGAAGGAGAGGGAGGAUGCGCAGCGGGUGGUGAGGCGGAUGGAGAUGGGGUGGGGGGAGAGUGAUGAUGAUGAUGAUGAUGAUGAUGAUGAUGAUGAUGAUGAUGAUGAUGGUGAUGAUGAUGAUGAUGGUGAUGAUGAGGAGGAGGAGAAGGAGUAG